AUGGCAUCUCGGUUUCUAGGCAUGCAUAAAUCUUCAGUGACAAUGUCUUCCUCGACUGCCCAGUCCGCGUUAUCUGGGAAGCUUAUCGAGCUGUUCCAAAACUACAAAACGCCAGGCAUCCUGAAGUUAGUCUUCCGGCGUGGGUGGCCGAGAUUCGUUCUGGCCUUGCUGCUCGGUAUAGCAACCCUUCGAAAGACCAAUGGUCUCCUGAGUCAAGCGACUCUUAACAACUUCACUCAAGAUAACUACGACUGGCGAAGGGAGCUCGUCGUAGUCACCGGUGGAUCUGGAGGCCUUGGAGACAAGCUGGUGCGCAAGCUGGCCAAGAAUUGUAUCAAAGUCAUAAGUCUCGAUAUUGUUCCGCCGAGAACUCCGCUACCGUCGAACGCGUACUUCUACGAAGUGGACAUCACAUCAAGCAAGUCGAUCAAGGAGGUCGCAAGCCAAAUCCGUCAAGAUCACGGUGACCCUACGGUAUUGGUGAACAAUGCAGGCGUCAUGAAGAUAGCCUCGAUUCUAGACGAGACCGAGGAACAAAUUCGUCACGUUUUUGACGUCAACAUCAUUGCCAGCUUCCUCCUGAUCAAAGAAUUCUUACCCUCGAUGAUCCACAACAACCAUGGCCAUGUCGUCACAGUCGCAAGUAUGGCGAGCUUUGUGACGGGCGUACACAACGUGGACUACUCAUGUUCCAAGAUGGGCGCUCUGGGACUUUAUGAAGGAUUGGCUCAGGAGAUUAGACAUCGGUAUAAAGUACCGAGAGUGCGCACAAGGUUAGUAAUCACAAGAAUAACAAGCUAG